AUGGACGUGGGUAGCAAAGAGGUCCUGAUGGAGAGUCCACCGGAUUACUCAGCAGGUCCCAGGAGCCAGUUCCGCAUCCCCUGCUGCCCCGUGCACCUCAAACGCCUUCUCAUCGUGGUUGUGGUGGUGGUCCUCGUUGUCGUGGUGAUUGUAGGGGCCCUGCUCAUGGGCCUUCACAUGAGUCAGAAACAUACUGAGAUGGUCCUUGAGAUGAGCAUCGGAGCACCGGAAACUCAGAAACGCCUAGCCCCGAGUGAGCGAGCAGACACCAUCGCUACCUUCUCCAUCGGCUCCACUGGCAUCGUUGUGUAUGACUACCAGCGGCUCCUGACAGCCUAUAGGCCAGCUCCUGGAACCUACUGUUACAUCAUGAAGAUGGCUCCAGAGAGCAUCCCCAGUCUUGAGGCUUUCGCUAGAAAACUCCAGAACUUCCAGGUGGGUGUUAGGUGUUCUUUCCAGGCCAAACCCUCCACACCCACCUCUAAGCUGGGCCAGGAGGAAGGGCAUGAUGCUGGUUCUGAGUCUGAUUCUUCCGGGAGAGACCUGGCUUUCCUAGGCCUUGCUGUGAGCACCCUGUGUGGAGAGCUACCACUCUUUUAUAUCUAG